AGUCCUUACCAGAGAUCGAAGGGAGAAAGUCAUUGAAUUUACACCGGAACCGUUAUAUCGUAAUCAAACCACCUGUUUUAGGGCGGGAGGAUUCUUUUCCGCCAUCCCUCUUAAGAAUAGUAUGGGACAGAGUUAAUUUGGAGUACGUUAUUUUGGACAAGACAGAGUGCGCUAGUGCAGGCUGCCGCAUGCGAGCCAGCAAGUUGACAGAUAUAACAAAACUCGAGUCAACAGGGGACAGUCCUAAAAGGAAUUACGGAGGUUGAAGAUAUAGCUGCUCCAACAAAAUGAAAUUCGCGGAGCACCUUUCGUCUCAUAUUACUCCGGAAUGGAGGAAACAGUACCUUCAAUAUGAGGCGUUCAAGAGUAUGCUGUAUGCAGCCCAGGACCAGGCCCCAUCCAUAGAAGUCACAGAUGAAGACACUGUCAAGAGAUACUACGCCAAGUUUGAGGAGAAGUUUUUCCAGAAUUGUGAGAAAGAGCUUUUGAAGAUCAACACAUUCUAUUCAGAGAAACUUGCUGAAGCACAGAGGCGUUUUGCCACCCUGCAGAAUGAGCUGCAGUCGUCUCUGGAUGCGCAGCGGGAGAGCAAUGCCCCAGGCCUCCGCAAACGCAAGACGGUGUUCCACCUGUCCCAGGAGGAACGCUGCAAACACCGCAACAUCAAGGACCUGCAGCUGGCCUUCUCCGAGUUCUACCUCAGCCUCAUCCUGCUGCAGAACUACCAGAAUCUGAACUUCACAGGUUUCCGUAAAAUCCUGAAGAAGCAUGAUAAGAUCCUGGAGACCCCCCGCGGGGCUGACUGGCGUGUGGCCCAUGUGGAGGUGGCCCCUUUCUACACCUGUAAGAAGAUCACUCAGCUCAUCUCUGAGACAGAGGCUUUGGUGACCACAGAGCUGGAGGGAGGGGACCGUCAGAAAGCCAUGAAAAGGCUGAGAGUGCCUCCACUGGGGGCAGCACAGCCUGCUCUAGCCUGGACUACCUUCCGCGUUGGCCUCUACUGUGGGGUCUUCAUAGUCCUCGCUAUCUCCUUCCUCCUCACUGGUGCUGUACUCAUCCGGUAUGAGAACGUGUGGCCUCUGGUGCGUAUCUACCGUGGUGGCUUCCUGCUGAUUGAAUUCCUCUUCCUGUUGGGCAUUAACACCUACGGCUGGCGCCAGGCGGGGGUCAACCACGUGCUCAUCUUCGAGUUGAACCCUCGCAGCAACCUCUCCCAUCAGCACCUGUUUGAGAUUGCUGGUUUCCUGGGGGUGCUGUGGUGUUUGAGCAUCCUGUCCUGUCUGUACUCUGAGUACACCAUGCUGCCCAUGCAGGUCAACCCUCUCAUCCUCUACGGCUUCAUGCUCCUCUUCCUCAUCAACCCCUUCAAGACUGGCUACUACAAGUCCCGCUUCUGGCUGCUCAAACUGCUGUUCCGUGUGUUCACGGCGCCGUUCCACCGUGUGGAGUUUGCAGACUUCUGGCUGGCCGACCAGCUCAACUCUCUGGUGAUUGUACUGAUGGACCUGGAGUAUCUCAUCUGCUUCUACAGCUUUGAGCUCAAAUGGACCGACCGCAAAGGCCUCCUGCCCAUGUUCAACGGUGAUUACACGUGCCAUAGUUACUCCUACGGUCUCCGUGCCAUCAUCCAGUGUCUGCCCGCUUGGUUCCGUUUCGUGCAGUGCCUCCGUCGGUACCGAGACACCAAGCGAGCUUUCCCUCACCUGGUCAACGCUGGCAAAUACUCCACCACUUUCUUUGUGGUCACCUUCGCCGCACUCUACAGCACCCACAAAGAACAAAAGCAUUCUGAUGCAGACAUGUUCUUCUACCUGCUGAUGGUGUUCUCAGCCGUCAGCUCCCUGUACACACUGAUCUGGGACCUGAAGAUGGACUGGGGCCUGUUCGACCGUGGAGCAGGAGAGAACACCUUCCUCAGGGAGGAGAUUGUCUACCCACAGAAAGCAUACUACUACUGUGCCAUCAUAGAGGACGUGAUCCUGCGUUUCGCCUGGACCAUCCAGAUCUCCCUCACCACCAUGACCAACAUCCCCUCUGUGGGAGACAUUGUGGGCACAGUGCUGGCGCCUCUAGAGGUGUUCAGGCGUUUUGUCUGGAACUUCUUCCGUCUGGAGAACGAGCACCUGAAUAACUGUGGUGAGUUCCGUGCCGUGAGGGACAUCUCAGUGGCUCCGCUGAAUGCUGACGACCAGACACUGCUGGAGCAGAUGAUGGACCAGGAGGACGGAGUCAGGAACCGCCAGGGCAAGAAGAGCUGGAAGCGCAGCUACAGCCUGUCUCUACGACGCCCUCUGAUGUCCUCUCAAUCAUCCAAGAAGGACACCAAGGUGUUGAUAGAGGAUACGGAUGAUGAGGCCUUCAGCUGAGCCCAGGGCACCAGCUCUACACCCCCAGUGAUCUUAUCACUCCAUCACAGAGCUGCCUCACCACACACACACACACAUCGGCAGACAUAGGCAGACAGACAGACAGACACAAACUAAUACAUACAUGCAGUGACACACACAACAAUUAACUUACUCAAGCACAAUCUCAGUAUAUGCUAUUGGUAUAGAUGAGGUGGAAUUACACACACAGUUCUGUUGUUCAGACCAAGAGGGAUACACACAGGAACAUAUUGGAGAAAAAACACCCAGUCCUGGGAUUUUCCAAUGAGUUCUUUUAUUUUUUUUAACAGACUCCUUUAGUUUCUUUAUGUUAAUACUUUUUAGUUUGUAUAUUUGUUUUUGUAGUUCUUUUCCAUUUUUAAAGAUGUAAUAAUAGAGAAUAAACAACUGUUUACAUGCAUUUAGUAUAUCAGGAUCAACAGGGAUAAGACAUAUUAAUCAAAAAGACUAAUAAUAAUAACCAACCCGAGCAUGGACUCUGCAACAUUAACCACAGCACAUCAACCACAUCAACUGGUUUCAACCUGUUGCUUCUUUUUCUACUCUGCGUUUUGGGUUGAUUUUUAAAAAAUUUAGUUGUAAUAAUGAAGUCGGUGUAAAACCCUGGCGGCACUUGCAGGAAAAGUGCAUUUCAUACAAACAAACCAAAACAACCUGUACAAAAAUAUCAUUUGAACAUAUGAGUCUGUUAAAGUUGCUUUGUAUAUUUGUUAAUGUGCGUUAUUUGGAUGUCAGAACUAUUAUGUACCCCAUGUAUUAUUUAGAAGAAUGACAAUAGCUUGAGCAUCUGUGCAAUGAUAUUGAUGUGUUUCUCAAUGGUGGGAAUGUUGUUAGACUUGUGCCAUGCUUUCUAGAAGCCGUUGUUGUCGAAGAGUACAAACUCUUCAGGUGGCUCAUUCUCCCUCUCAUACAAGCUUGGCCCACAGAUCAGUUAGUCAGCAACACGUUACAACUUCAAAGUUAUCUAAUUAGCUCAUGGCAAGUGCCCUACACGUGCAAAACUGUACUUUGCUUUUCUGCCAAACGUGAUAUUCUAAUUCAUGUCGUUCGCUGGCGUAUCAUCAACCAUCUAGCUAGCCUGAGAAGAAUGGUCUGUUCUGUGUGGCGGUGGAGUUGAGAAGACUGACUGAGCGGUUUUCCCAUUUCUCUGCCCUUUAGGAAAACGAUCCCAUUCUCUUUUGAUCAGUCAACAACUGAAACGGCACUGUGACUGUUUUUCUAUUGCAGUGUUUUCUACUGAUGGUGUGGGGCACUUUGCGUCUGUUCUGUUGUUUUGCUAUCAGCCUUCUCAGAACAGUGGCGACAGAGAUCAGCGGACAGUGUCCAGCGUUUCCACUGGGGUUCCUCUGACUGCCCCAGUGGGUCAUGUGGAAUCUUCACAGGAUACUGUUGACAUCUGAAGAGGGCUUUUCCAUGGGAGGAAUUCCCUGGUUAAACAUGAGAUCAUCAUGUCAUGUCUGCUAGCCCUCGCACUCUCCAAAUAACAGUCCUCACCCUGAUCACUGUCAUCUCUCUGAAAGAUCUACCACUUUUACAACACAGCUGCUGCAUCACCACUUGAAUAUAAAAUGCAUGCGUCAUGUACAGUAUCAUAGGCCCUGGGACUCUGCAUGUGUUGUUUUACUAGUGGUAGUGUUUGUCAGGCUUAUUGACUAGAACAGGGACCAAGUGUGUGAGUCGUGUCUCUGCUGUGUCAGGUGAUCUCUAAUCCUGGAAAGACCUUGCUGUGAAACAGUAGUUCUCAGAUCAGAUAGCCAUGAUUAAACAGGCCUGUCCUCCUUGGGUUGUAAGGCCUGCAGUAUUUACUGGGUUUUAAGGGUUAGUUCAUAGUUUCAAGUCUCAGUGGCCAAACAUUCUGUUGAAGGUGAGGGUGAUCUGUUACCAACUCAUUCUACAGUAUGUCAGGUUCUCUUGCACUAAUCAACAAAGCUCAUGAUUUUGCUGUAAUGUUUGCUUUAAUGUACUUUUUAUAACUUAGUGAAUUUUGGUUUUGCCAAGAAAAAUAACACCAUGGAAAUUGUACUGUUAGCGCUCUUUUUGUCUAGUUUGUCACAUGCAUGCUUUACUUGUAGACAAAUAUCAUUUGCGAGCACAAUCUUUAUCGGCUGUAACUUUGAAAGUGGGUAAGCCCCUUUUUGUGGGCUUUCUGGCUUUUCAAAGGAAGGAUAAGUGUCACUACCUGUUUCUCUCCCCUCCUCCCAGUGUGUGAAAUCCUGUCUCUCUCACUCUGUGGCUUAGCUGUUUACAUGAUGCAGUAGCCAUGAGUUGAUCAGCAUGAGCUCGUCUUUAUUGUUUAGACUAUUGACGUGUCUAAUGAUAAAUUACGGUUGGGGACCCAGCACAAAAUCUGUGUCAAUUGAAAAGUCCAUAGACUACAAAAUGUGUUGCAAAUGCUUAAAAGUGCCAUCAACAACCAGAAUGACAUACAAUGGCUUGUGCCUUUGAGAUAUAUUUCUUAUUGCGGUGAGGAUUGUAGUCAGAAAGACAUAUGGCACUUAGGGAUGUGCCAUGGCGUCUGGUACGUCUUUAAAACCACUAUCACAAAACACACAAUUCAAUUAUCUAACUACAGAGUGCGUCCUCUUUGUUGGAAGUAUAGUUGCUCCCACUUUCUUCUCUUCCCAUACUCACGAUAACUACUGAACAGGCCAGUCAACCAGUCUUUCCACCAAAAAACACUGCUGCGAGGAUACCUUUACAUUCCUUGUAGCUUUUGCAUUUCAGGCCUUUUAAAGCAAUGGAGAGCUCUUCUACUCCCACAAAACACAAAUACACACUGUUUAAUCUCAUCUAAACCUCCCUCCAACAUUGUCCUCUUUUGUCAGAGAGCAAAAACUUCUCCCUCCAACUUGAUUGCUUUAGUAUCGCUCUACCGAUUGUCUUGCCUGCAUGCUGGUUUUGUUUUCCACUGUACAUAUCUUUAUUUAUUUUUCAUUAUAUGAAGAACACUGAUUAUUCUAGCUGUUCUGAUCAUUCUUGAUUACAUACAGUGCAUUCAGAAAGUAUUCAAACCCCUUCCAUUUUACACUUUGUUACGUUACAGCCUCAUUCUAAAAUAGUUAUUUUUCCUCAUCAAGCUACACACAUUACCCCAUAAUGACAAAGCAAACAGGUUUUUAUACAUUUUUAAAAAUAGAUUUUUUUAAAUUAUACCUUAAAUCACAUUUACAUAAAGUAUUCAGACCCUUUAAUCAGUACUUUGUUGAACCACCUUUGGCAGCGAUUACAGCCUCGAGUCUUCUUGGAUAUGACGCUACAAGCUUGGCACACCUGCAUUUGGGGAGUUUCUCCCAUUCUUCUCUGCAGAUCCAUUCAAGCUCUGUCAAGUUGGAUGGGGAUCAUCUCUGCACAGCUAUUUUCAGGGUCUCUCCAGAGAAGUUCGAUCAGGUUCAAGUCCGGGCUCUGGCUGGGCCACAACAACAUUGAGACUUGUCCCGAAGCCACUCCUGCGUCAUCUUGGCUUUAUGCUUAGGGUCGUUGUCCUGUUGGAAGGUGAACCGUUGCCCCAGUUUGAGGUCCUGAGCAGGCUUUCAUCAAGGAUCUCUCUGUACUUUGGUCCAUUCAUCUUUGCCUCGAUCCUGACGAGUCUCCUGGUCCAUGCCGCUAAAAAACAACCCCACACAAAUGCUGCCUGCCACCACCAUGCUUCACCGUAGGGAUGGUGCCAGGUUUCCUCCAGACAUGACGCUUUCAGGGCAAAGAGUUUCAUCUUGGUUUCCUCAUACUAGAGAAAAUAGUUUCUCAUGGUCAGAGUCCUUUAGGUGCCUUUUGUCUUUUACUGAGUGGCUUCCAUCUGGUCACGCUACCAUAAAGGCCUGAUUGGUGGAGUGCUGCAGAGAUGGCUGUCCUUCUGGAAGGUUUUCCCAUCUCCACAGAGGAACUCUGGAGCUCUGUCAGAGUGACCAUCGGGUUCUUAGUCACCUCCCUGACCAAGGCCCUUUUAACCCGAUUGCUCAAUUUAGCCGGGUGGCCAGCUCUAGGAAGAGUUGAUGGUUCCAAACUUAUCCAUUUAAGAAUGAUGGAGGCCACUGUGUUUUUGGGGACCUGCAAUGCUGCAGAAAAGUUUUGGUAACCCUUCCCCAGAUCUGUGCCGACAAAUGUGGGAGCUUAUAUAGAAAGGUGUGCCAUUCCAUAUCAUAUCUAAUUCAUUGAAUUUACCACAGGUGGACUCCAAUCAAGUUGUAGAAACAUCAAGGAUGAUCAAUGGAAACAGGAUGCUGUUCAUCAUAGGGUGUUGCAUGUAGAUUGAGAAAACCAUAUAAUCCAUUUUAGAACAAGGCAGAAACGUAAUAAAAUGUGGAAAAAGUGAAGGGGCCUGAAAACUUUCGAAAUGCACUGCAUUUUGUUUACCAUAUAGCUUUAAAACAAGCAGUAUUCUAGGUGGUGAUGAGCAUUUUGUUCACAAUCCUGAAUUCAAAUGUAAAACCUGUUGAAUUGUGUUUGUAAAAAAAGAAACAGUAGAAGUUCAUCUGGAUUGUGAUUGGUCGUAUUUUGUUGGGGUUUCAAUACUUUUUCCUGGCUCCCUCAUCCUCAGGGUUCAUUGGCAUCCAGGCCUACUGGAGGGAGGGGACUAGGGGUUGGCACAACCCUCACUCCAUAGUGUCGACACUAACAAGAUACUAAUGGAGGACAUUUCUUAGAAGCAUUGUAAUGCAUAUACAGUGGCUUCGGAAAGUAUUCAGACCCCUUGACUUUUUCCACAUUUUUCUAAAACCUACACACAAUACCUGACAAAG